CACUGUUAAGUACCCCUGUAACGGUCUAUCUUCCGCCUACCAGCCAAGCAAAAGCGUGUAAAUCGCGCUUAGGAUUUCCUUACUCCAAAUUCGCCUCUGGUUGUCACCGCGGGCUGACUUGACUCUGCACUAAGAGUCUUUUUCUCCUCAGAUUAUCCAAACAAACUUUCCAAAUGAGUGACGGGGAGUGUGACUUCUUUUGCUUCUUCCGCUGCUGCUGAGCGCGCUGUGUAUGCGCUUCAGGCAGACAGGAAGGCACGGUGUCUCGUAGAGUGAAGUGGCACGAGAAAGUGGAAAGAGGGCGGCGAGAAACGAGGAGGUGGCGCAUCAGUCAAGCCAUUUCAGCUCAUUGGACGAGUAGGAUCCGACAGGUAGGCGGGUAGUCUACCUGUCCGGGUUAUCAAAUCAGUCGACUGGAUGUCUGUGGACAUGAAUAGCCAGGCGUCGGAUAGCAACGAGGAAGACUUCGGGGUGAACUCAGAAGAGGAGGAUGAGGAUGAUGGAGGAGAAGAGGAGGAUCCGGGUGAUAUUGCAGGAUACUACGACGGAGUGGCCAGUGACGUGGAGCAACAAGGCGCCGACUCCUUCGAUCCAGAGGAGUACCAGUUCACCUGUCUGACCUACAAAGAGAGCCAGCGGGUGCUGAUGGAGGAGGUUAACACUGUGGCUGCCGCACUGAAGGUUGUACCGUCAGUAGCAAAACUGAUCCUAGCGCAUUUCCACUGGCAGGUUUCACAGAUAUUGGACAGAUAUAAGUCCAACUCGUCUCUGCUCUUGUCAGACGCUCUGGUCCAGCCCAGCAGCACGUGCAAAUCAGUCACUGCCCCUCAGUCCCUCCAGUGUGGUGUGUGUCUACAGGUCGUACGGAGAGACUCUCUGCUGGCACUGCCCUGCCAGCACUCCUUCUGUAAAGCAUGCUGGGAGCAGCACUGCACCGUACUGGUCAAAGAUGGCACGGGAGUGGGUAUCUCGUGUAUGGCUCAGGACUGUUCCCUGCAGAUGCCAGAAGACUUUGUCCUGCCACUGCUGCCAGGAGAGGAGCUCAAGGACAAAUACAGACGCUACCUCUUCAGAGACUAUGUCGAGAGUCACUUCCAAUUGCAGCUGUGUCCAGGUGCAGACUGUCCCAUGGUCAUCAAAGUGCAGGAGCCACGGGCACGUAGAGUGCAGUGUAGCCGCUGCAGUGAAGUCUUCUGUUUCAAAUGCCGUCAGAUGUAUCAUGCACCCACAGACUGUGCAACAAUUAGGAAAUGGCUGACCAAAUGUGCAGACGACUCAGAGACUGCAAACUACAUCAGCGCCCACACUAAAGAUUGUCCUAAGUGCAAUAUCUGCAUUGAGAAGAAUGGAGGGUGCAAUCACAUGCAAUGCUCCAAGUGCAAACACGACUUCUGCUGGAUGUGUCUUGGAGACUGGAAGACUCAUGGCAGUGAAUACUACGAGUGCAGUCGCUAUAAAGAAAAUCCUGAUAUAGUCAACCAGAGCCAGCAGGCUCAGGCCAGAGAGGCCCUCAAGAAAUAUCUCUUCUACUUUGAGAGGUGGGAGAAUCACAACAAAUCUCUCCAAUUGGAAGCUCAGACAUACCAGAGGAUUCAGGAGAAGAUCCAGGAGAGAGUAAUGAACAAUCUGGGAACCUGGAUCGACUGGCAGUACCUGCAUAACGCUGCAAAGCUACUGGCAAAGUGUCGCUACACACUGCAGUAUACCUACCCUUACGCCUAUUACAUGGAGUCGGGCCCGCGCAAGAAACUGUUUGAGUACCAGCAGGCCCAGCUGGAAGCAGAGAUAGAAAACUUGUCGUGGAAGGUCGAGCGAGCCGACAGCUACGAGAGAGGAGGCGAGGGGGAGCUCAGCGCCAGUGACAGAGGGGAUCUGGAAAAUCAGAUGCACAUUGCUGAGCAGAGGCGACGCACGCUGCUGAAGGAUUUCCACGACACCUGAAGCUCCAUCGCGACUGCAAAGCACCAGCAUCUCCCUCUUUACUUUCUUCCUUCCCUGCCUCCUAACCUUUACUUCCUUCCAUGACCACGCCUCGGUGCAGUCAUACUUUACCCCCUCCUUUUGCUUCACUGCACUCACUUGUUUGCUUCCAUCUUUCCCUCCCCCUCACUCCCAUAAGGCUGCAGGGCCACAGAGUGGCACGAUUGUAUCAGCCAUACCUCUUCAUCAUCCCCGCCGCGUUUACAGGUUUUUGCCUCAAAGCAUCAAUUUUACCGAGGUUACACUGGUUUCAGCAUUUCAGAUCUGAUCGUGUAGGUCAAAGCUCAGAGGUCUUCUGUCAGCUGCUUUGCUUUUUAUUUGUCAGUAAACAUCGAGACACUGGCACCAGCACCUGAAAGCAGAGUGAAGCCUUAUGAAAAGAGAGCAGAGCUGCUUUUUGCAAAAAAUUGCUGGUGACCUUUUGUGGCAUAAUCUCUAGUCAAACUGCCAUGAAUGGAGAAGAAUGAGGAAAAGCUGGGAAGAGUAUUUUGUUUCUUUUAUUUAUUUUUUUCUUUGAGCAGAAGGUGCAGAUUGGUGGUGUUACAGCGACCAUAAUGGCUAGAUUCCACUUGAUGGUAGUUGCACAUGCAAAGGUGAAAUUUAGUUUCCUCUCCAGAUAUUUUUUGGGGGAAGAAAACACUGAGUGUAGAAGUUCUGUUGUUGGGGUUUGUAGUGCAUCAUCUUCUCACUGUUGGAGAGUGAUAUCUUCAAUGAUGGGUGCCACAACCCUCUCAUAUGAUGCAAGAACCUGCAUCAUGCUGGAGGGAAGGUUUCAUUUCUUUAACACUUGUUUGAACAUUCACUUCUUUAGAUUCAGUCCCUAGUGUUUUAUAGUAAACACACCUUCCCUCCACUGUUUUGUCUUUUGCUCCAGCAACCGCUGCCAGCAAAGAGUCGUUAUGGCUGAAGUAAAACUACCGAAUCAGUCCCGUUCUGGUCUCCACAUUCUGAUGCUGUCACUCAGUUGUGCUCAGCUAAUCUAGAUCCAAGCCGGCGUGAUCCCUUUCUAUUGCAAAUCUAGCAUUAGCACCUCCGCUGAUCAGAUCAUGAAGUUGUUAUGAAGCUGUGAGUGUAAUCUCUGCCAUUUACACACACUACAGCACCUCCCACUGACAUGGCAUGCACACGCCCACACACUCACGCUCAAACACUCCGCUGCAGAAAACAAACUGUUAAUUUUUCUCCUCGUCCCAUCUCAUGCGCUCCUCUUUCUUUUCCAUCAUCCCCCUAUACUUUAUUUUGCCCUCGUUUUCUCUUUUUCCUUUCCCUGCUGACAUUGUUCACUUUUCUUCUGGAAAAUGGCUCUUCAUAGAUAGAUUGUUUUAAAAAAAAUUUGAAAAAAAAGAAAAUACCAAAAAAAAAGCUGUAAUUUUCAACGGUUGUACAUUAAUACAGAAAUAGAGUUACUGAGAGAGUUUUUAAACCGGA